CGGACAGCAGCGGGGCAUUGUGGGAAUAUCGGGAGGCACUGAGGCUAGACAAUGGGAGGGACUUCCCAGGGAGGAGGGGGCGGGAAGUGACGCCCCCUGCGCUCCCGGGGACCGGGACGCCCCCAGCCCCGGGUCGGCCGGGCUGGACCGAGCGAGGCCUUCGCGUUGCGGGAAGUCCUGAAGUUCUGAUGGGGGAAGCGAGGGGACGCAGUUGCAGGCGGAAGGCUCGGCAGGGGCGAAGGCGAGGAGGUGGAAAUAAAUACACUUGGGGCACAAAUUAGGCCAGAGCCGGGACCGCAGGGGCCGCACGUGCCAGACUGGGGAGCUGACACUUUAUCCUGAGGGUGAUGGACAAGGGUUUUAGGUUGGAUGGACGUAGAUAUGUGUCAGAAGGACCCCUUCUGCCGCUGCAGGACUUGGGACCCUUGGACUGAUUCCACGUUUUAGCGAUUGUAAAUGAUACUGCUGUGAACUUGGGUGUGCAAAUGAGAUGACUUUUGAGCCAAGACCUAAAGGAGAUCUUCGACCCCCCUGAGGAGUUGGAGCGGAAGGUGUGGGAGCUGGCGCAGCUGAUCUGGCAGUCCUCCAAUGUGGUGUUCCACACAGGUGCUGGGAUCAGCACCGCCUCGGGCAUCCCUGACUUCAGGGGCCCCCAUGGCGUCUGGACGAUGGAGGAGCGGGGCCUGGCCCCCAAAUUCGACACCACCUUUGAGAGCGCGCGGCCCACGCAGACGCACAUGGCCCUGGUGCAGCUGGAGCGCGUGGGCCUCCUCCGCUUCCUGGUCAGCCAGAACGUGGACGGGCUGCACGUGCGCUCCGGUUUCCCCAGGGACAAGUUGGCAGAGCUCCAUGGAAACAUGUUUGUAGAAGAGUGUGUCAAGUGUAAGACGCAGUACGUCCGGGACACUGUCGUGGGCAGCAUGGGCCUCAAGGCCACGGGCCGGCUCUGCACCAUGGCCAAGGCGAGGGGGCUCCGGGCUUGUAGGGGGGAGCUGAGAGAUACCAUCCUGGACUGGGAGGACGCCCUGCCUGACCGGGACCUCACUCUCGCCGAUGAGGCCAGCAGGAACGCAGACCUGUCCAUCACACUGGGCACCUCGCUGCAAAUCCGGCCCAGCGGGAACCUGCCCCUCGCCACCAAGCGCCGAGGAGGCCGACUGGUCAUUGUCAACCUUCAGCCCACAAAGCAUGACCGCCACGCCGACCUCCGUAUCCAUGGCUAUGUGGACGAGGUCAUGACCAGGCUCAUGAAGCACCUGAGCCUGGAGAUCCCCGCCUGGGACGGCCCCCACGUGCUGGAGAGGGCGCUUCCCCCCCUGCCCCGCCCACCCGCCCCCAAGCUGGAGCCCAAGGAGGAGGCCCCCACCCAGCUCAACGGCCCAGCACCCGCCAGCCCCAAGCCGGAGCCCUCAGCAGAGCCCUGCACCCAGCACAAUGGCUCCGGGCCCGCCAGCCCCAAGAGGGAGCAUCUGGACAGUCCUGCGCCGCACAGGCCCCCCAAAAGGGUGAAGGCCGAGGUGGCCCCCAGCUGACCCGGGGGCCCGGGGAGGGUGGGGCUUUUUAUAGAAACCAUGGAUUCAUCUUUUCUUACUGGUCUCACUUUGUUACUUGUACCUGCCCGUGGGGGUGGGGGGGCGACCUCAGGGUGCUGAUUGCCGGGCUCCAGACCCCAGGGCAGGCUCACCCUCCACUGCCUCUCUCUCUAGCUCUAGGGGCCUCCGGUGUGGGCCUGGGGAGGAGCAUUUACACCCUGGACAUGGACCUUGGAUCUGACACCCCAGGCAUCUGCUCCUCCUGGGCCCCAGCCCCUGACUCAGGAUGUUCUGGGGAGGUGUGGCCAGGCCCUCCCUAGUUCCCGGUGUAAACAAGGUUAACUCUCUCUGGCCCUGGGCCCUCACACUCCCCUUCCCCUGCCCCCCCCCAAAUCGCCUUCACAGUCCCUCCGGGAGGUGGGGGGGGGGCAGAGUCACCAUUCAGGAGCCAGACUUCAUGGUGGCACAGACAAUGGGGUUUACACUGCCUCUGGGGCUAGAGGGAGAAAGGGGUGUGUCCACCUGGCUGCCUCCAGGCUUCCAAAGAAGUCUUCAAUGCAAUAAAAGCAGAAAUUCUUGCGUCUGA